GAAAUAAUUACAAUUAGGGGCCAAGUUGGGCCGCAAUGAGGCUCGACGUCAUGAGUCAUUUCACAUCAGCAGGACAGACCGACAGAGUGCAUAAAGACUUAAUUUCUCUUCCCCAUAGCUCUCCGCCUCCUGCCAUGUUUCAGAGCUUUGGUCAUGUGGCCUCCGGAGCAAGACAACCACCAUGGAAGCAGUAACAACAGAGCGGCAUCCUCCUCCUCUUCCUCGAGAACAUCGCCUUCCUCCACCACCUCCACCCUCCUCCCGCGAACACCGAAGAGGAGGACCAUGGAGGAGGUGUGGAGGGACAUCAGCCUCUGCAGCCUCCACCACCAGGAGAGGCAGCUCACACCUAUGAACCACCACCAGCGACACUCCCCCGCCACCUCCCCUUCCUUCCGGGCCACGAUGCUCCAGGACUUCCUAGCCGGGCCCUUGAACAGGCCUCACGCCGUCCCCCCGGACGACGUGCCGCGGCCGCGGUCCUCCACCACGCCUCUGACCCAGCUGAGCUUAAGCCCCACCCUGGAGAUCCAACCGAUGGGGUCCGACGCCCACGCCAACUCCAGCUCCAGCGGUUACAACGCCUCCUUCAUCUCCCCUGCUUUCUCCGGCAACAUGCGCCGCCCCCCGUCGCCCAUCGGCCUCUUCUCCUUCUGCUCCAAGGAGGCCGUGUCGGAGAACCCCUCCGCCAGCUGCGACCGCCGGCACAAGCGCAUGAUCAAGAACCGGGAGUCUGCCGCCCGUUCCCGCGCCCGGAAACAGGCUUACAUGAACGAGCUGGAGCUGGAGGUGGCUCAUCUGUUGGAGGAGAACUCCAGGCUAAGGAAAGAGCUCGAAGAGGUGACACACACACACCUAUGUAGUUGUCAUUUCUGUGCGGGAAUAAUGUCAUGGUCAAUGUUCUCUUUCAUUGGUUGGUAUUGUGGGCAGCUACGUUCGGCAAUGGCCGCCAAGCAUCCCAAAAGGAAGGCACUGCAGAGGAGCUCAACCGCACCAUUUUGAGGAAGCAGCACAGGAUGCAUGGCAGCGCAUGUGGGCUGUCUACAGUAAGUAUGUAUGUAUGUACGUACGUAUGUCUGUAUGCCUUUGCGAUCCUCUCCUCCCUAUAUAUCCACCUUGCCCCCUUCUUCUGCAACAAGGUCGAAUGAUUUGUAUGAUAUAUAGAUAGGCUACGGAAUUUUGUGCAGAAAUGGUAUACAUGAUACAUAUACCUGUUCAAGGGAAGUCACCCCCCUA